AUGCUAAAAAUUAUUGUCCCAUCAAUUAUACUUAUCCCGCUAACAUGAUUCUCAGAAAAUAAGAAGGUAUGAAUCAACAUUACUUCCUACAGCCUUAUCAUUAACAUGAUUGCCCUAACAACUCUGUGGCAAGAAUGUUACUACUAUAGCUUCUCCACAGUAUUCUUCACAGACCCCCUCUCUUCACCCCUAACAAUAUUAACCACAUGACUGCUCCCACUUAUACUACUGGCUAGCCAAAAUCACAUAAAAAACCAGACCAAUCUUAACAAAAAACUAUAUAUCUCUAUACUAAUCACACUACAAAUCCUCUUAGUAUUAACUUUCUCAGCAAACGAAUUAAUCCUAUUUUAUAUCCUGUUCGAAGCAACCCUGAUCCCCACACUAAUUAUUAUUACACGAUGGGGUAAUCAAACAGAACGACUAAAUGCAGGCCUGUACUUCCUAUUUUAUACCUUAAUCGGGUCAAUCCCCCUAUUAAUUGCUCUACUAUCAAUACAAAACACACUAGGGUCCCUAAAUUUCACUCUACUAUCACUUAACACUUCACCACAAAAUCCAACAUGAUCUAACUACAUUUUAUGACUAGCAUGCAUUAUAGCGUUUAUAGUUAAAAUACCACUAUACGGGGUUCACCUCUGACUCCCCAAAGCCCACGUAGAAGCCCCCAUUGCAGGAUCAAUAAUCCUUGCAGCCAUCCUAUUAAAACUAGGGGGAUACGGAAUGAUACGAAUAGCAAUAGUACUAGAGCCGCUUACAAAAACCAUGGCCUACCCAUUUAUUAUCCUAUCCCUAUGAGGAAUAAUUAUAACUAGUUCAAUCUGUCUACGACAAACAGAUCUAAAAUCACUAAUCGCAUACUCUUCAGUAAGCCACAUAGCUCUAGUUAUUGCAGCUAUUAUAAUCCAAACCCCAUGAAGCUUUAUGGGAGCCUCAGCAUUAAUAAUUGCACACGGACUAACAUCAUCCCUCAUAUUCUGCUUAGCUAAUACAAAUUACGAACGUAUUCACAGCCGAACAAUAAUCAUAGCCCGGGGACUACAAACAAUCUUUCCCCUCAUAGCCCUGCUAUGAUUCCUAACAAGCCUAACCAACCUAGCCCUCCCACCAACAAUUAAUCUCAUCGGUGAGCUCCUAAUUACAGUAUCCCUAUUCUCAUGGUCAAAUAUCUCCCUAAUCCUCGUAGGACUUAAUAUUCUAAUUACAGCUCUCUAUUCCCUCUACAUAGUAAUCAUAACUCAACGAGGGAAACUAUUAAUCCACAUAAAUAACCUAUACCCCUCACAUACACGAGAGCUAACACUAAUAGUACUUCACCUAAUGCCACUAGCCCUAUUAACAAUCAACCCUAAAUUAAUUUUAGGCCUAACACUAU